AUGAAUUUAUAAAAGGCCCCUGCUCUCCAAUAGUUUUCCUUCCUGGAUAUUCCCAAGUUGCCCUUUACGUAGAAAUCAAUUGCGAACUCCUUUAGAAAGAAAACCCGAAAAUAUUCGCCAGCUGUGGUUGGUCUACAUGUAAUAAAUGGAACAUCUUACAAAAAAGGCCUGCCAAAGAAUAUAAAUUAUGGAUAGGAGGAUUUUUCGAUCCCACAAUGCCUAUAACAGGCGAAUCUAACCAUUGCUUUGGAAAUUUAAUAUCCUUAAAAUAUAACAAAGAAACUAAAACUCUUGAAUCACCAAAAGGUCUUCGAGUAAGCUGGGAAGGGGAUACUUAAGAAACUAAAGAAAACAGUGAAUGCGGCAUAAAUGGAAUAUAAGACUUUUCAUAAGAUAUUACCAAAUCUUUCUCUUGUGCACUUCUCGGUUAUUAAAACUUACUCUAAAUUUUAGACUCUAUGGGAUACUAAAACGGACUCACAUAAUAAGCUCUUCCUUAUGAUUUUCGAUAUAAUGCACAAAAUAGUAGUAUAGUAAAAAAAACACUAAAAAAAGCUUUAGAACAUUUAUAUGAACUAAGUGGAAAAAAAUCCCUAAUAAUAGGUUUUUCAUAUGGUGCUUUAUUGA